AACUCUCCCCCACAUCGGGGUCAAUGACUACGUCAAAAAUGAUAGCGAGUUUUUGUCGUGUAACCUAGUUUUUCCACAAUGAUAACGCGGCUUGAGAUUGACUGACAUCUAUUACCACGGCGUGCACAGAUUGACCCAUUUGCUGAAGUACAUUUACCCACCGACAGUUUCAGCUGCAGGCUUUAGAUUCUCGGGUUUCAAACAUGGCAAAACAAUUUGACUUCACUCUGCGGGGAGGACUGAAGAUGCCUGCUCUGGGACUUGGUACAUAUGCCCCAAAGGAGGGUGAUGACGAAGUGUUUGAAGCUGUCAUGGCUGCAGUGAAGGCAGGUUAUCGUAGUCUCGACUGUGCAGCCAUCUACAGAAACGAGCGAGCAGUAGGCAGCGCAAUUAAAAAACAUAUUGUCCAGGGAGGGAUACAGCGUGAGGACUUGUUCAUUACCAGCAAAUUAUGGAACACCUGCCACAGGCCGGACCUUGUAAGGGCAAGCUUGAAGAAGUCCCUAGAUGACCUUGGGGUCAAGUACCUUGACCUCUACCUAAUCCAUUGGCCAAUGGCAUAUAUGGAAGGCGAGGAGUUCAUGCCUAGAGAUGAGAAUGGCAAAGUGGUCUUCUCAGAUGUGGACUAUGUGGACACCUGGAAGGCACUAGAAGAUUGUGUAGAUGAAGGUUUAGUUCGAAACAUUGGCGUCUCCAACUUCAGCAGCAGACAACUGCAGCGUGUCUUGGACGUGGCCAGGAUAAAACCUCAAGUCAAUCAGGUUGAGUGUCACCUUCACCUUCAGCAAGAAAGAUUGCUGGACUUCUGCAAUAAGAAUGGAGUUGUUCUGACGGCAUAUUCCCCAUUAGGUGCCCCUGGAACAUUUGGGGCACCUGGGUCCCAGAGUGAACAAUUUGUGCCAGUAUUACAAGAACCCAAAGUAUUAGAAAUAGCAAAAACCAAAAAUAAGACGCCUGCGCAGGUUAUACUCCGCUUCCUUCUGCAGCUAGGUGUGAGUGCGGUGCCAAAAAGUGUGAAACCUGAGAGAAUACAGGAGAACUAUCAAGUCUUUGACUUCAGUCUCUCGGAGGAAGAAAUGCAGGCAUUGAAGGGCCUAAAUAAAGAUGUCAGACUAUGUUCAGAGCCAGUUGCUGUCGAACACAAGUAUUACUCAUUCAACGACCCCUUUUAACUGCUGAACAUUUACUUGGGACUAGCUAAAGAAACUUCAGCGUACAGUUUAUAUAGUAUUGACAUACCUGUACGCUGAAGCCAACCCCGUAUCGAAAGUCAACCAGAGUCGUAACAUAUUUAUGUCACGCUAUAAUUCAAAGAAUGCUCAUUUUCUUGGAUACAUUUCUAGAUAUAUUGGUGAAUGAAUAUAAAUUACUGCAUCGAGGAAUAUUUUAAGGUUCAAAUGUUUCAAAUGCAUCUUACAACUGAUUAAAAAAGCUCUCAUCGGUCUGAAAUUCACAAUUUUGACGCCAUUGUCGCUUUGUCACGUGACGAAUUUUCAUUUGGAUACUUUCUGAUCGGCCUUGACAUUUUUUGCUGAAAUUGUAAACAUUACUUUCGUUUUCUGAAAUCUAUUAUUUGUGAUUAACAACUUACGUCUGGUGGAUUAUAAGACUGAUUUCAGUGUGAAUCAGGUAGUUUCAAAUAAUAUUUACUUUGAGUUUGUAUUUACACUACAAACUGUUUACAAAACAAGCCAGAAUAAUCUAAAAUACCGGGAAAUGUCAUUCUGAAUUUGAAAAACCUUGAGCACAUGGUAUGUUACUAAAAAUAGAAAUAACGUCAUAUGACCGUGAAAUCUCGGGAGAUUCGCAUUUCAAGAAAGUCUGUCACAUCGCUGUUUUUCUCCAUAUGUAAGAGCAGAAUAGAUAAAGUUUAAAUGUUUAAGAUAGUAUUUUGUGAAAGAAUAUAUCAGUUAAAUGUGAAAAAUGUCAAUCUUUCCGAUCAAGUGGUUGAUUUGGGCCAAUAACUGCAUUUAAAAGCUGUUUUGGACCGGUCUUUGUUAACUGUCAACUUUUCGGGAAUUUCUGGUUGACUUUCCUAAUGGGGUUGGUCCAUAACUAUAAAGUCGCGCCAAAAGUCGCGCCAGUCAAAAAUCAUAAAAAGCGACAUUUAAAGUUAUGGUAGCUAGAACUAACUUGGGACUUAAUUGAAAGUGCCUUACUACAUGCUACGUUCAUCUUACAGCAUUUGUUAUUGACAUUUAUGAUAAUUCGUAUUUUGGAUUCACAUUUUAUGAAAAUUCUAUUUACAUCAUUGUCUGUAUUCAUAAAAUACAUUUAAUAAUAUAUUUUUUCUGAUUAUGUACCGAAUUUUAUUAAAAAAAAAAUGUUUUAAUUUGUAUUUUAUUCUUAAAUUUUAUGAAAAAUGAAAAUUUUCACAAUU